UGAAUUUUCGUUAAUCAUCUCAUUUAUUUAAUGGUAAUAAUUUACAAAUAUAUUCAUAAAAUAAACAAUUAAAAUAAACAAAAUUCAUAAACGAACUCUACUCAGAUUACAGAGCGCCCAUAUAAUUGGAAUCUCUCAUCCUCUUUUGUCUUCAAUCUUUGCCAUUGUUGGUCGAAAGCUAAAUCCUUUUCCAGCAAUCUAUUACAGGUACAUGGUUUGAAUUGUCCUUACAUGUCUCUGUCAGUGCCCAUUUCCUGAUUUGGAUUAUAACAGUGGACAAAAAAGACUUAGCCUUUGUUCCACAAAUGGCUUCAAGAUUAAGACUUUGUUAGAGAAAUCUUACACCAUGACAAGUCCUUGGUACAAGAGUGUUUCCUCUGUGUUCGGUCUCAGACCACGGAUCAAAGGGUUGCUCUUCUUCAUCCUCGGCGUUGUGGCUCUACUUACAAUUUUAUCACCCUUGACGUCCACUUCAUACGAGGCUUCUUCUACUGGUUCAACACGUGUGCCCAACAUUUAUAGUAACUAUAGGAGGAUAAAGGAGCAAGCCGCUGUUGAUUACCUUGAUCUGAGGUCUCUCUCGCUAGGGACUAGUCUGAAAGAGUUUCCUCUGUGCGGUAAAGAAAGAGAGAGCUACGUGCCUUGUUAUAAUGUAACUGGGAACUUGCUUGCUGGGCUUCAAGAGGGUGAUGAGUUGGAUAGGCAUUGCGAGUUUGAGAGAGAGAAAGAGAGGUGUGUUGUUCGUCCUCCAAGAGACUAUAAGAUACCACUUCGGUGGCCUCUUGGUAGAGAUAUCAUUUGGAGUGGGAACGUGAAGAUAACUAAAGACCAGUUUCUUUCGUCUGGAACCGUUACAACAAGGUUAAUGUUGCUUGAAGAGAAUCAAAUUACAUUUCACUCGGAAGACGGUCUGAUCUUUGAUGGGGUCAAAGACUAUGCUCGUCAAAUCGCUGAGAUGAUUGGCUUAGGAAGCGAUACUGAGUUUGCUCAAGCGGGUGUAAGGACUGUGUUAGACAUAGGUUGUGGAUUUGGAAGCUUUGGUGCGCAUCUAGUGUCGUUAAAGCUGAUGCCUAUAUGUAUUGCGAAGUACGAAGCUACUGGGAGCCAAGUCCAGUUAGCUUUAGAGAGAGGUCUUCCUGCAAUGAUUGGCAAUUUCUUCUCAAAGCAGCUUCCUUAUCCAUCACUGUCUUUUGACAUGGUUCAUUGUGCUCAAUGUGGCAUUACUUGGGAUAUCAAAGAUGCAAUGCUACUUCUGGAAGUGGAUCGUGUUCUGAAACCGGGAGGGUACUUUGUUUUAACUUCUCCUACGAACAAAGCACAGGGAAACUUGCCAGAUACGAAGAAAACGAGCAUCUCGACACGUGUGAAUGAGUUGUCUAAGAAGAUAUGCUGGAGUCUAACAGCUCAGCAAGAUGAGUCGUUUCUUUGGCAGAAAACUGCAGAUUCAAAUUGCUAUUCCUCUCGUUCUCAAGAUUCUAUACCUCUUUGCAAAGAUGGAGAUAACGUUCCCUAUUACCACCCACUGGUUCCAUGUAUAAGCGGAACCACGAGUAAACGCUGGAUCCCUAUCCAGAACAGGUCUGCUGUUGCAGGAACUACCUCAGCUGAGCUCGAAAUUCAUGGUGUAAAACCUGAAGAGUUCUCUGAGGAUACACAAGUAUGGAGAUCAGCACUUAAAAACUAUUGGUCCUUGCUUACACCUUUGAUAUUCUCUGACCACCCAAAGAGACCCGGUGAUGAAGAUCCUCUCCCUCCUUUCAACAUGAUACGUAAUGUGAUGGACAUGAAUGCUCGUUUUGGGAACUUAAACUCUGCUUUGCUCGAACAAGGGAAGUCCGCUUGGGUGAUGAAUGUUGUUCCAGUUAAUGCGCGUAAUACUCUUCCUAUCAUACUUGACCGUGGCUUUGCCGGUGUGUUACAUGACUGGUGUGAACCAUUCCCAACGUAUCCACGAACAUAUGACAUGCUUCAUGCCAAUGAGCUACUCACACAUCUUAGCUCAGAACGGUGUAGCCUAAUGGACUUGUUCCUGGAGAUGGAUCGGAUUCUCCGCCCUGAGGGAUGGGUUGUAAUAAGCGACAAGUUGGGAGUAAUAGAGAUGGCACGUGCAAUGGCAACUCGAGUGCGUUGGGAAGCACGAGUGAUUGAUCUUCAAGACGGUAGCGACCAAAGACUUCUUGUCUGUCAAAAACCUUUUCUCAAAAAAUAACUCAAAAAUAGAUUCUUCUUUCACUACACAUAAACAAACACUCACUAGUCUCUACUACACAGUUGUUUCACUGAUCCAGAAGAUGCCUCCUGCAAAUUAUUGAGAGAGAUUAUUUAUUUUUCUCGGACAGAAGAUGAACACUUGAAGAAGGUUUUGUAAGAGUGGAAGCUGUAGCUAUGAGUAGAAGAAAGAAUUUAGAUUCUAUAUUCUUUCAUUUUUAUUUUUAUUUUUUUUGCUCUUGGAACAAUACUGUAGCUAUAUAUUUUCAUUCAUCCAAUUUUUGUUUGCUGUUUAGUUUUGUAAACGAUAUUACUUCUUUUAAAUUUUAUUGUUUUGGAGAAAUGUAUUUAAACUAUUAAUC